CUCGUGCAACUUGACCAGCAAACGACGACAAUGAACAUCGCGUGUCGUCAUGGAGUUGCGGCAUGUCUUAUACAACCCAUUCCUCAUUUUGCACCACCACGUGAUGAAGGGAGUUGAUGCCUGCGUGCUCGCGCUGGUCCUUUGCCUCGGGCUUGCGAAAGGUGACACCUCAAUCAACAAAAUCCGAGCUGUCCAAGAUGCAUCGGCGUCCAUGUUCCGAACUGAACAUGAUCGUUUCUUGAAGACCAAGAACGCCACAGUCGUCACGAACGCACUCACCACGGUGGCCCCGGUCGUAACCACCAGGUCAAUCAAGGAAGUGUCACCUGUGACCACCAAGGCUACCAUCAAAGCCACGACCUACCCCGCCACCAACAAGCCCACCAAAAAGCCAGCAAAGAAAAGUGGCAAGCAGGGUAAGAAGGAUGCAAGGAACGGCAACAAACCCGUCAAGACUGACAAAAAAACCGUCAAAGCUAACCAGACGGCUGUCAAAGCUGCCGCGAAGCCCGUCAAAGCUGGUAACAAGGCUGCCAAGGCUAACCAGACGGCUGUCAAAGCUAACACGAAGCCCGUCAAAGCUGGGAAGAAGCCCAUCAGGACUAACAAGAAGCCCCUCAAGGCUAACAAGAAGCCCGUGAAAGUUGGGAAGAAGCCCGUCAAGGCCAACAAGAAGCCCGUUAAAGCUGGGAAGAAGCCCAUCAAGGCCAACAAGAAGCCCGUUAAAGCUGGGAAGAAGCCCAUCAAGGCCAACAAGAAGCCCGCUAAAGCUGGGAAGAAGCCCGUUAAAGCUGGGAAGAAGCCCAUCAAGGCCAACAAGGAGCCUAUCAAGGCUAACAAGAAGCCCGUGAAGGUUGGAAAGAAGCCCGUCAAAGCUGGGAAGGAGACCACCAAGAAAACUUCAACGACUGAGAAGCCAACACCACGCAAGACGGCUGCAUUGACAACUGCCCCUGUGACGACCAAAGCCUCUGUAUCUACUACUUUGCCUCCGACCACCAAGGCCACCACUAAAAAGCCGACAAAAAAGACUACCAAGAAGCCAGUCGAUAAGUCUUUGAAGAUGCCCGUGAAGGCAGGGAAGGAAUCCGUCAAGAAGUCUGUGAAGGCGGGCAAGAAGGUCUCCAAGUCUGGCAAGAAGUAUGUGAAGUCAGCCAGUAUUGCUAACAACAAGUCUCGCCGCAGCGGCGGCUACAGACCUCGUCGUUAUGACAACAGACCGUCCAAAGCGGGCAAGAAGUCUGUGAAGGCGGGCAAGGAGCUCUCCAAGUCGGGCAAGAAGUCAGCUAACAACAAGACUCGCCGCAGCCGCGGCUACAGACCUCGUCGGUAUGACAACAGACCGUCCAAAGCGGGCAAGAAGCUCUCCAAGUCUGGCAAGGAGUCUGCGAGGUCAGGUAACAAGCCUAAGCGCGACAGUAAAGUGAAACGUGGGGACAAGCCUCGCCGCAACAUGCCUCGUCGGACUGCCUACAAACCUCGUCGCAAUAAGCCUAGUCGUUCUGCCAAGAAGCCCAAGAAGGGUGGCAAGAGCGUGGGGCGCCAAGCGGACUCUCCCUUUGACGCGGCCAAGCUCGCCGCUGAAGUGGCGUCGGAUGCUACCCCUUAAGCUGUUUAUGUAGUGAAUAAUUCCAAAUCGUUUGGUUGUUCGA